AUGGCUGCUUCCUCAUCCUCUGCUGCUUCCUUCUUUGGAGCUCGACAAGAUGAUCAGUCUCACCUUCUUCCUCCUAAUUCUUCCUCCGCCGCUCCUCCUCCUCCUCCUCACCACCAGCCACCGGUGCCGCAACAACCGCUUGAAGCUCCACCGCAGAAAAAGAAGAGAAAUCAACCAAGAACUCCGAAUUCCGAUGCAGAAGUGAUAGCUUUAUCUCCAAAGACACUAAUGGCUACAAACAGAUUCAUAUGUGAAGUAUGCAACAAGGGGUUUCAAAGAGAACAGAAUCUACAACUUCACCGAAGAGGACACAAUCUUCCAUGGAAGCUAAAACAGAAAUCGACCAAAGAAGUGAAGAGGAAAGUGUAUCUUUGUCCGGAACCCACGUGCGUCCACCAUGACCAGUCACGUGCUCUCGGAGACCUCACCGGAAUCAAAAAGCACUAUUACCGUAAACACGGAGAAAAGAAGUGGAAAUGCGAGAAAUGUUCUAAGCGUUACGCUGUUCAAUCGGAUUGGAAAGCUCACUCCAAGACUUGUGGUACCAAAGAAUAUCGUUGCGACUGUGGUACACUCUUCUCUCGGCGAGACAGUUUCAUUACACAUAGGGCCUUCUGUGACGCGUUGGCUCAAGAGAGUGCGAGACACCCAACUUCUUUGACUUCUUUGCCAAGUCAUCACUUCCCGUACGGACAAAACACCAACAACUCCAACAACAACAACACUUCAAGCAUGAUCCUUGGUAUGUCCCACAUGGGGGGCCCACAGAAUCUUGAUCAUCACUCCGGCGACGUUCUCCGUCUUGGAAGCGGCGGAGGAGGAGCCGCCUCACGCUCUUCCUCUGAUCUCAUUGCUGCUAACGCUUCAAGCUACUUCAUGCAAGAGCAAAACCCAAGUUUUCAUGAACAACAAGAUCAUCAUCAUCAUCAUCAACAACAACAACAAGGGUUUUUGGCUGCGGGCAAUAACAUCAAGCCAUCACCAAUGAAUUUUCAACAGAGUCUGAUGCAGUUCUCACAUGACAACCAUACAUCUCCUUCCUCAAAUCUCUUUAACCUCAGCUUCCUCUCUGGAAACAACGGAGUUGCUUCUGCGACAAGCAACCCUAAUGCUGCUGCUGUUUCUUCGGGUAAUCUUAUGAUUUCGAACCAUUUUGAUGGUGAAAAUGCUGUUGGAGGCGGCGGAGGAGAAGGAAGCACGGGUCUCUUCCCUAACAAUCUGAUGAGCUCGGCUGAUAGAAUCAGCUCAGGAUCAUCAGUCCCUUCACUCUUUAGCUCAUCAAUGCAAAACCCCAAUUCAACACCUCACAUGUCAGCCACUGCUCUUCUUCAGAAAGCUGCUCAAAUGGGUUCAACCUCAAGCAACACCAACAACGGAAACAACAACAACAACAACAACAACAACAACAACAGUAACAACGCCUCAUCGAUUCUAAGAAGCUUUGGGAGUGGAAUGUACGGAGAAAACGAGAGUAAUCUCCAUGAUUUGAUGAAUUCUUUCUCUAACCCCGGUGCAACGGGAAACGCUAACGGAGUAGAUUCUUCGUUUGGUUCGUACGGAGGAGUGAACACAGGGUUAAACGCUGAUAAACAGAACAAGACUAGAGACUUUCUUGGAGUUGGACAGAUCGUAAGAAGCAUGAGUGGAAGUGCAGGGUUUCAACAGCAGCAGCAACAACAACAUGGGAAUAGUAGAGAAAGAGUUGGUUCUUCUUCAGAUUCGGCCGAUAGAAACAGCAUGAAUGUGAAUCCUGGUGGUGGUCCGGCAAGUUCACCAACGUAUGGAAUCCAUCAUGCGAGCUUCUGA